UGGAUAAACUGGUACAUUUGUCCAGUUACUUCCUUAAACACAGCAAACACUAAGGCAUUCUUUUUCUUCCCCUCAGCUAUUAACUUCCUUGUUUUUACAUUCUAACUAAAACCAGUACAGAGCUCUAUUUCGUUGCUAGCUUAUAACCUCUCUGACAUUACUAAUAGACACCGUCUUGUAGAUCACAAUGAAUCCAGUUGUACCCGAAGAUAUUAAGAACCUGUUAGCAGACUUGGAAACAUUUGUAUCAGAGUUUCUAAAGGGGGAGAGCCUGUCAAAGAAGUCAAAGGACAAAAGAGACGCUUUGCUGAAGAAGAUAAAAGAAGUUAAACAGAACUACCCUCAGGACUUUCAAGACAAAGGAGAGUUCGAUGAUCUGGAUGAGAGUGAAACAUUUUCUCAUUCUCAUGAUACGUUGUCGCUUGCUUCCGAUCGUGAUAAAGAUGAUGAGUUGCCCUCUGAAGGAAACCUGUAUCCACCAAUUGCAGCGCAGGAGCUUACCGUUUCAAAAGGAGGAUAUCUUGAGAAACGCAGAAAAGAUCACAGCUUUUUUGCAUCUGAAUGGCAAAAGCGUUGGUGUGCAAUAAGCAACUCCAUCUUCUACUAUUAUGGAAGUGACAAAGAUAAGCAACAAAAAGGCGAAUUUUCACUGGAGGGAUACAGCGCCAGAAUAAACAAUACUGUGCGGAAGGACGCAAAGAAGGAUUGCUGUUUUGAAAUCUUUGCUCCAGACAAACGUGUCUAUCAGUUUGCCGCUUCCACCACUAAAGAAGCAGAGGACUGGGUCAAUGCAGUCUUAUUCUUAAGAGAUGGUGAAGGUGACGAGCUGUAUGAUGAUGUGAACCAAGAAUCGAAUCUGCCUACUUCUGGGUCAUCUCAUAUUCCAGUUCCAGUCGAGGAUGAUGAUAUUUACGAAGAGCUCCCAGAAGAAAGCAGUAAUCCUGUGGUUGAAAAGGAGACCCCAAAACCUGCUCCAACUCCCUCAAGCAAUGCCUCGGGAAAAGACACAGACUAUGAAAAUUUCUACAGAGGAUUGUGGGACUGCAAAGCAGAUCAUCCGGAUGAGCUGUCUUUUAAAUAUGGUGACGUUAUAUACAUCCUUAGCAAGGAGUACAAUACAUACGGCUGGUGGGUAGGAGAAAUGAAGGGAACCAUUGGCUUGGUGCCUAAAGCUUACAUAAUGGAGAUGUAUGACAUUUGAGAGGCCCGGAAACCAUCUUUAAUUAGGAGAGAAAGAAGAAUAAGACAAGUAUCUUACAAUAUUUAAUUAAUUAUGGUGUGCAGAAUUUCUCCUUUUUUUUUUACUGAGUCAUUAAUUCCACAAUGCUAAGCUUUUUUCCCCUCCAGAUUUAAUUUAUAAUUAUACACAGAUAAAAAUGACAUGCAUCUGUGCUUAGGCUGUAUGGUAAUAUAUUGUUUGAAGGUUUCUCCUAUAUCACAAUUUCAUUUAAUAUUUUAGUAUCUCACACACUAGAUUUAGUAUUUUUGUAUAUUUUGGAUGGAGUUUGUUCCUCUAAUCAGCAAUGAUAUAUAUUUUUUUAUAUUCUGUUAAGUGU